AUGAACUCGUUGGGUUUCGGGGGUGUCGGUGUGUAUCCUCUCCACGGUGUGAGCUCCAUGCUGCUGGACCUCCACCACCAGAUGGCAGAGCAGUACCACGUUUACUCUGCAGCAGCCAGCCCAGCAGUGCACACCCUGUCUGUGGCCGAGAGACUGGCAGAGCUGAUCCUGGAGGCUCGCUAUGGCAACCAGCAGAAGCAACGCCGCAGCCGGACGGCGUUCACGGUGUCACAGCUGCAGGCUCUGGAGAAAGCCUUCCAGCAGACUCAGUACCCAGAUGUGGGCAUGAGAGAGAGGCUGGCUGUCUGCAUCAACCUGCCUGAGGCUCGCAUUCAGGUGUGGUUCAAGAACAGGAGGGCAAAGUUUCGUAAAGGUCAGAGGUGCUCCCCCGUCUCCAGAGACAGCAGCCUGGAGGAGCCUCCACAUCGCAGCAAGGUGGGACAGGAGGAAGACAAACAGGACAUUGACAUCAACAUCCCUCCUCUUCAUCGCUGUCCUCCUCCUCCUCCUCAUGUGGAUAAAACGAGGGAUGUUUGCCCACCUCCUCUCGCUCCUUCAGACUCUGAUGUUUCACGGUGCCCCCUCCGCCUUCACUCUCCUCCACUUUACCCCUUCAGCCACACGCCUCACCAGUCGGUCGUAGGAGUGCUGUCCGCCGAGCUCGCCCUUCCCCCGGUGUUCUGGCCCAUCAUACAGCAGCACGGCUCGUCCGCCUUGGGGCUUCAUCCAUCGUCACUUACUAAAAACUGUAGCCUCUCCCUUCAGACUGCUUGUUCCAGUAAAGCUGGGCCUCACCCUCACCUGGGACUGUAACUGUAGACCUGCACACCUAUACAACCCAGGAUCUCUGCUCCUUGUGGACUCACCUGAACACGAGGGAAGCACUUACUGUCUUGUUCCUGUAAACCUGACUGAAUAUGAAUUUUUUAUUUGGAGAGCUUUAUUGAAUAUCUGGGGUGUAAAGCUGAGAGAUGUAAAGCUGUACAGUCAUAUACUUUCAGGUCUAAUUUGGGUCUGCUUUAAUUAACAUCUACAGGUUGCCUUUAUUUCGCCAGUGGUACAGUGUGAGUUUGCUGUUGUUUAAUCCAUCACAAGCAAUGUAAACACCACAUUUAAAGCAGCAUUGUUUAGCUGGCUACACUGCCAAGUAGCUACACAGUGAUAAUGAUGGUAAAGCAUCUGAGAGAAAGUUCCUCAUUGUAGCUAGGCACUGCAACAUGGAAAUGUGAAAUAAAAUGAUUUGUACCUGAAUUCUGUUUUUUUUUUUCUUUUGGUAUACAGCUGGGUGAUGAUGUAAAAUGCU